AUGAUAUCAAUCGAAGAAAAUAUUAAAUACAAAGAAGGAACACUUUCAGUUUUGUCAUCUGAUGCAAGAUGUGGAUUAAUAUCAACAGCUAUUAGUGGAGGACCAAAUGGUAAAUCAUUUUGUUUCAAGUUAUCACAUGAAAUUGAUGAAUCAAUUCUUUAUUGGUUAUCUGAUGAGAAUGAAGAAUCAAUGAAAGAAUGGGUAAGAGUAUUACAAUUAUCAUGUGCAAUUCAAAAGGAACCAGAGAAAGUUCAAGUUAAAGGUAGAUCAAAAUCUGUAGCAUUUAAGCCAGGAGCAAUAGAGAUUGCAGGUAUAACAUCAGAUCAUAAAGGUUGGUUAAAAAAGUAUACAUCAUCAGGUACAUUUAGAAAAACACUUCAAUGGAAAAAGAGAUGGUUCGUACUAAAGGAUUUAGUACUCUAUUAUUAUGAAGGACCAGAAUCGAAUCUAAAAGGAAAGAUCUCCAUUCCAAAUUGGAGUGUAGAAAUUGAAAAAACCAUACCCAUUGGUUAUUGUUUUACAUUAUCUCAUCCAGGUUAUACACCAAUUACCCUUCAAGCAGAGACAGAAGAUGAUCGUAAGAAAUGGGUUCAAAAAAUUAAAGAUAACAAUCGUAGCCUUACAAAAUCUUUAGCAACUCCAAAUGAAAUCACAAGACUUUGUGAUUGGUUUAAACAAUUGACACAAUUGGACAUUAAAGAACCAUUGGAGUUAGUUUGUAAUGCUUCAUUUGUUUCAAAUAUUUUGGAAAAAGUUGGUUUACAUGUUGAUUUACCUGACAGAGAUCAUAAAUCUCAAAGAAGUACUGAUAACGAUUGGUCUUUGUUAGCUUUUGAUAAUAUAAUUAAAGCUUGUCAAUUUAAAGGUAUUAAAUUUGAUCAAACUAUUUUACCAGAAGAUUUUAUAAUUGGUGAUCCUGUUGUUUUAACUUUUAUUAUUUCAAUAAUGAAUCAUUUUAAUCCAAACAGUAAACCAUCUUUAAUUAUAACUUCAACACCAUCAAUAAAUACAACAAAUACAACAAAUACAACAAAUACAACAAAUACAACAAAUACAACAAAUACAACAACAACAACCACUACAACAACAACCAAUACAAAAGAGCAACCAUCAAAUUCAUCUGAAACAUCACCACAAACAACACCAAGAUCAAUGGUUUCUGAUAUAUCAUCAGUUGCGACUGAUAGCGUUUCUGAUAGUGUUAAUAAUAAUAAUAAUAAUAAUAAUAAUAAUAAUAAUAAUAAUAAUAAUAAUAAUAAUAAUAAUAAUAAUAAUAAUAAUAAUACAAUUUCAACAAGUAAAAGUUUAAGUUUUGAUAGUAAUAAAAAAUCAAAAGUAUCAACUCCAACAACUACAACAACUGAUAAAAAAGAUAAAAAAGAUAAAGAUACAAAAUCAACACCAACUACGCCAAAUACAACUUCACCAACUACAAUUUCAAUAAAUCCAACUAAUGCACCAACUCCAUUGGAACCAAAACCAAUUGAAUCAAAACCAAUUGAAACUAAACCAACCGAAACUAAGCCAAUUGAAGAUAUUAAAACAACCAAAACAACAUCAACUCCAGUUAAACCACUUAAUAUUCCUCCUCAAAGAACUUCAGAUGAUGUGGACAUAGAUAUUAUGAAUUCAUUAGAUUUUGGUUUUGAUGAUGCUCCAACACCACCAACAAUAACAACAACAACUAAAACUUCAGUGGAAGUUGAUUUAAUUAAUGAAAUUAUUGCAGAAACAGAUGAUAACAAUAAUAAUAAUAAUAAUAAUAAUAAUAAUAAUAAUAAUAAUAAUAAUAAUAAUAAUAAUAAUAAUAGCGGUACCGAUAAUAAUAAUAAUAAUAAUAGUAAAGUUACAACACCAAUUUCUACACCAACUUCAACACCAGUUAAAUCAACAUCACCAAGAUUUGUUUCACCAUAUAGAAAUUUAAAAAGAGUUGAAACUCAUGAUGUUUUAGGUGAAUUUGAUAAAAUAUUUUCAUCACUUUCAAAGACAGUUAAAAAUUGUGAAUUAUGUAAUGAACCAAUCGCAAGUGAUCCAAUUGAAAUACCUUGUGGUAAAGCUUGGCAUAGACAUCAUUUUCAAUGUUGUACUUGUUCAAAAUCAAUUCUUUGUAUUGAUGAAGAAUUACCAUAUGUCGUUAGAGAUGAUAAUAUUUAUUGUAAAGAAGAUCAUGAUAAAUUAUUUAAAGAUGGUAAUUGUUCAGAAUGUAAUAAAUCAUUAAUGAUUACAUUUGCAUAUAAAGGAAAUUUAUUAUGUAGAGAACAUUAUUUAAAUCAUGUUGGUGAUAUGAUUUGCCAAAGUUGUGAAGCACCAAUUGGUAAUAAAUCUUAUCAAACCUUUGAAGGUAAAAAAUGGCAUUUAGAACACUUUAAAUGUUCAUAUUGCAGUAAAAAAUUACCAGAUCCAUUAGUUGCUAAAUUUAAAAAUUCAAAACCUUAUUGCGGCACUUGUUCUGUAAAAUUAUUUUAA